AUGCUAGGCGAAACCAAGCAAGUGUGCUACAAUUCUCAGCAGCACUCAGUGCACAUGUUCUACUGGACACGAGAAACGAGCACACCGUGUUUAAGAGUAAUUAGGAGGCGUCAAAUUGGUGUAGACGGAGUGCGCAAUGAACAGCAGCAUGGUCGCUACCGAGUCAAGCUUCUCAACGUAUCGCGAUUUAUGGAUGAGGCAGCAUUAGACGCCUUUAUUCGCUCGAGGUUCUCAGGCAGCUACAGUACGUUCCAAGAACCGAAGUACGGGCGCCAAAUGUUCCAGACGGGGGCAUGGGAGAUUUACUUCAAGUCCCCAGGGUGUCCAUCGUUUUUGGACAAAGUGAAGUUCAUCAACUGGAUGGGAAAGAAGAUUCUUGUGCAGCAUGUCGGAACGAACCCAGCACCGCCGUGUUAUAAUUGUGGUGUAUCCGGGCAC